CAGAGCUUUUUUUCUAGUCGAGGUCCUCCCUCGCCAUUCUGUUGCUUUAUUCGGAGCUAGACUGACAAACCACACUCCCCGUACUCAGUUGUUAACUUGUGACCAAAUAUUUGGUCCGUUUUCCCACCGUGUUUUUUUUUCUCUUUGCCUCAUUCAGAUAUUGUGAACAAUUUCGUCACAAUGGGUGUUUUUUGUUAUUUCGCCGAAAAGAAAAUUGCUUCAUUGUUGCCGCUGCUUGUCUGUAUCUGCGUCGCAGAAAUGGCUGUCGGUCAGGUCCGUUAUUCUAUACCAGAGGAGAUGGCGACGGGCUCUGUUGUCGGGAAUAUAAUUCAAGAUCUAGGUUUGGAUAUUAAGCGAUUGAAAUCUGGGCGUGCUAGGAUAUUUACCGAGGACGACAGUGAGUACAUUGGUCUGAAUUCAGAAAAAGGGACUUUAGUAGUGGCUAAAAGGAUAGACAGGGAAGAAUUAUGCAAGCAAGUGUCUCCGUGCUCUCUUCAUUUCCAAAUAAUCCUUGAAAAUCCAAUGGAGCUACACAGAAUCGAUGUAGAGAUUUUAGAUAUCAAUGACAACGCUCCGUAUUUUUCCAAGAAGGAAUACAAUUUCCAGGUUAUUGAAUCUGCCUCACCGGGGGCUCGUUAUUCCUUAGAGAGUGCCAGUGACCCCGAUGUAGCAAUGAACACCAUUCAAACGUACAAACUCAACCCUUCAGAUAAUUUCAAACUGAACGUUGUAUCUCUUCCCGAUGGUACAAAAUAUAUUGAAAUGGUUCUUCACACAUCGCUUGAUAGAGAAAAACAAGAAGAGCAUAAAUUAACUCUGACAGCAUUUGAUGGAGGUAAUCCUCAGAAAUCGGGUUCAGUCAAAAUAAACGUCAUUGUUCUAGAUGCUAACGACAAUGCGCCAGUAUUCAGCCAGUCCGUUUACAGGGUUACCGUUCCUGAAAACGCACCGAAGGGCGCCGUUAUUUUAAGAGUCAGUGCCUCUGAUAAUGAUAAGGGAACAAAUGAAGAGAUAACAUUUUCGUUCUCACAGCAUACCAGCAGUGCAUCUUCCCUGUUUAUUAUAGACCCCCACAGCGGAGAAAUAAGUGUAACUGGUGUUUUAGAUUAUGAAAAAGCUAAACAUUAUGAAAUAAACAUUGAAGCCACGGACAAAGGGGGGCUUACAGACACAAGCAAGGUGCUAAUUGAAGUGACCGACCUAAAUGAUAAUGCCCCUAUAAUUAGCAUCAUUUCCCUCUCCAAUGCAAUACCAGAAGAUUCCCCUCUAAAUACCGUCAUAGCAAUGAUCAAUAUUAAAGAUUUGGACUCGGGUAAAAAUAGUCAUGUUAGGUGUUAUAUUAGCCAAGAUUUGCCUUUCAAAAUCAAGUCCUCCGCACCUAAUUUCUAUAGUCUGAUAUCUGACGAUAUUUUGGAUCGUGAAACAGUACCAGAAUAUAAUAUAACUAUUACAGCAGUAGAUGAGGGUUCCCCGCCUUUUUCCACAAACAAGAGUAUUAAUUUAAGAAUAUCGGACGUAAAUGACCACGCACCAACGUUCCCGCAACAGUUUUUGACCGCUUUCGUCAAUGAAAAUAAUUCACCUGGUAUGUCACUCCUCACCGUCAAAGCCAGCGACAUGGAC